GAAACGAGCAGGCUACAUGGUGGCGGAUAGUCCUACAAGAAAGUCUCCAUGCACGGUGCCUGCCCUGCACGUGGAGGCUUUUCUUUCCACUUAACAAGUUUUCGCUUUUUCUAGGAGAAAUUGUGGACCCAUGAGGGCUCCAAACCCUGUUUUUUAAUGAUGCUUACAUUCACUUAAGUCAAUGUCAAGUAUGCGUCUUUGCACCGCGGGGGUAGUCAUUGCCAUCGCGGUGUUUACGCAGCUGCUGGAAUGUACCACAACAUGUCAGGUUAGUUCAACAUUAUUUCUAGGCUGAUUGUUGUAAAUAGUUAACUUGUACAUGUGCCGAUUUGUGAUCGCCUCGUAUGACUUUCUCUUUUUCUCCAGAGGGUUCUCCAAGGUGGUGAGUCGCUUUUAUCUAUUUAUCCAAUCACGAUGGCGCACCUUGCGCCAUUUGAGUAACUAUACAUUGACUUGUCCCAUCCCAGUAAUACACACUUUCUCUGAACAGGUUAUGUAGACGGAGACUGCCCUGUCAAACUGACCUCAGCCCCAAAUAUCUCUAGAGGACGGUACACUGAACAUGUCACAGUUAGUGUUUGGAAGAAGGCUUGGGGUAUGGAAGUUUGAAACUUGGAUUUUUAUUUUACUGUUGUUUGAUAAAUAUGUCCUACCAGCCUACGUGAGCAUUCAUGACAGCACAAAUGCACACAGUCCAGGGUCAGACAACAGGAGAGAAAAAAAACGAACAAUAGAGUGACACAUGAAGACAUUAGCUAACAAGACUAUCUUGUCUAGGCUUCCUAUAAGACUAAAUUGGCAAGCUCAAACACAUCAAAUUUAAACAGCCAGUCCAGUUUGUUCUAGAUCUAGAUCUUAAUGGUGGAACCAAGAGUGUUAUCAUCAUCAUUUUCAUUGUAUGAAUUGGAAAAAGUUUGCAAAGUCAUGUUCUGACUUGACAUCCUCCUGUCAUUUCUGUGGGUCUGCUGAAAUGUGUAAAGCUCUAGUAAGCGUUUUUUCAGCUGGUUUUGACACAAAGUAAAAUAAACACUGUGCCUCUAUGUUAGAUACUCUAGACCAGACCUGGGCACACAUCCGGCCCUUUGGAUGCCCUUGCCUUGCCCUUCGUGAGAUCCGUCAAUCAAAUCAUCAACAUGCUGUGAAAGUGUGUUGCUUUUAUUUUGAAAACCUAGCCAUUGUUUUAUUUCCGUUUGGACGCACGUGCGUACAUCCUAGAUCUUUAUUCGUGAACAGAGACAAGUUUAAACAUCAGCAAAAUAUAUGUGGACGCCUCAUAGUUGCCAAGUCUGCUUUAUAAAAGACUUUAGGCUUGUUUCUCUCAGAAGUCGCUUGUAAAACUGUAAAACUCAUGAGUCGGGGGUGCGCUUUUUUUGGGCUAGUUGCUCAUUUAGGCUUGCUUUUCUGUAUGUGAACCCCCUGAUUUGAAGUUGAAGUUAUUGUUAGUUCGUCCCUCCAACACAGUUCAGGUUUCUCAUUUGGCCCCAUGUAAAAAUUUAUUGCCCACCCCUACUCUAGACCAUCAGCAUAAAGAUUGGUUGUUAUACUUUAAAUAUUAUUACAUGAGACUUCCACAACAAGCUAAUUCAAUAACAGCACGCUUCUUAAACAGACUUGGAUUACUUUUCCCAUGGCAUGAAACCUUAAAAAUGAUAUAUUUCAGUUUGAAAAUGGAGCAGGGUGAGAUUUUUAUGUGUUAGAAGAACAGUUCUUACAUGUGUACGCAACAAGAUCAGCCAAGAGAAGAGGGACGCCAGUUCGUUUAUAGGGGCGACAACAUCAACACAAUCUGAUAAUUCCUCACUGGAGCUUCAAAGAUAUCCUCUUGUUUUUUACAGAUUCGAGUAAGGAUCCCAAUAUAAAUAUUAUCUCACCAGAAAAUUGCAUAAUAUAUCGUGAGAAGAAAAAGAAGAAGAAGAAAGUGAGAGUAAGUUCCCCGUGCACUUACUAUAAACUGUUGAAUUGAUGUUAUUAUGAAUUUACACAUUGCUCUUAUUAUUCCCUUUCUUUAGUGUGCCAAGAACAAUCUUCGUCAAGUUAGGGUCAGGCGUGCCAGUUCUGUCUCACAGCAAUCGGCACAGAAUUUUACCCCUGUUUAUAAGACUGAUAUUGACAUGGAUGAUAUUGACCAGGCUGGAGGAACUAGUGUCUGUGUGAAGUACAGCUCACCUUCAAGGAACUGCACCGUCAGCUGCACAAUACCAGGUAGUGGGAUAAAAAGUAUCAGUCCAUGUUUGAGUUACAUUUUGUCUUUUUUGGCUGAACUUGAUUGGAUUUGCUUUCUUUAUAUUUUUCCCUGAAUUUUGCACAAACAAAGGGAAGUUUGGCUUUUUUAGUGUUUCAGAAGGAUUUGGGUUUGUAUCUAUCACCUUUACACACUUUAUGAACUUAGUCCACCAAUAAGUUCAUAAAGUAAAGAUAAUAAAUACAAAUUCUACAACCAAAAUGAUAACUCACAGAAAUAUAACCAAGCCAUUAAAAAUGGGUAGGGGUUGCCAUCAGGGUUGCUACUGAACCCUUGGCGGUUCGAGUCCAUCCACACUCUGUAUUUUGUGUGAUGACAGUGGGGUAAACAGAACAUAGAUAUCUAGGUACGCUGAUGAUACUCUUUUGUCCAUGUUAAACUCAAACAAGUCACUCAGCUUGAAUUGAGAAAUAUUGUGGAAAACAAAGCAAAACUAAAACAAAGAGAGCUUGACCAAUAGUCGUUUCCCUUCAUUGACGUCAGGUUGUAUUUCAGGAUUGAGCAACAUAAACAUUUAAAAACAAGGGGCAGCUGUGGCUAAGAGAUAGAGUUGGUCAUCUCCCAAUUGGAAGAUCAGGGUUCAGUCCAAGAGCUAUCCACAUGCUGAAGUGUCCUUGUGCAAGACACUUGACCCCACCCACCCCUUCUGACUUUGCCCAGUGAUGUAUGUAUGGGAUUAGUCAAAAAACUGAAAGGCUCUAGACAUAGCAGUCAACUGGAGUACCGGUAUUUCAGAAUAACUCAGCCUACAUUUGAGAUCUGGGGACUGAGAAGGCGUGACUCACACAGCUUACAUAGUCUUCAAAACACCAAGUGAGUCCUCCACCCUUGUGAAUGGGGUCAAUGUUACCUCAAAAAUCUGGAUAGAAAUACGUCACAAAGGGAAUUAAAUGAUCUUUAAGAUGAUGAACGUCAUAUUUGUCUGCCUAACUCACUCCUUUUUUUCGCCAGCUUGUUUCCCCCAGCGUGUUUUGACCUGUCAAAGGGUGAUGAUCUUAUUCUUUUGUUUAUGUGUUUGUGUUGGACUCAGAUUUCAUACCAGAGUUUAAUGUGUCUGUGAAUCAGUCAUCUAAAUCCUUCAAUGUCACUGUGGGUCCUGGACACAAAGUCCAUGCCAGAUGGUGUUACUCAAUAAAUUUAAACAGCUGCAUUAAUGGGAGAUCUUCUCAAAUCACUGUAAGUAUAGUAUGCACAUAAAUUGCUGAAAUUUGUAUGCUAAGCAAAGAAAGAAAGCUAAUCAGUGAUACAAGCUAAUACUUUUUUUUUUUUAGAUUGACCCUUCUCAGUCUCAGUCAGGUCUUCUUAAAAUCCCUUACCUCCUGCCCUGUUCCUGUGUGGAGGUAAUUUGAUAACGUGGCAUUUUAUUUACAUGCAGUAUUAUGACUUUGUUGUAUCAGUUUGCCUUUGACUCCCGUGUGUGUUUUGACUACAUUGGCAGGUAUAUUACACCCAUCUAGACCCAAAACGAGACAUGAAGUGUCCACUUCUGGGUAAAAACCUUGAUGGUAAGUGUGAUGGGUGAUUCAUGUCAGAAUCGUAUUAAACUCUAAAUACCUUGUAGAGUUUUUUUGUUGUUAACACUGUUUCUUAUCUACAAGCAGGAUAAUCUGUAUUGUAACUCAGAAUUCCUCUCUUCUUGCUGGGUGGUUUCAAGAUUUAAUUAAAUGAAAAUUAAUUUUAAUUAAUUAUUGCUUUUUUUUUUUUUAAAUCAGCAGAGGUACAAAAGAAGCUAUGGAACUUUCAAUUUGUGUCAAUAUUGGCGCCCCCCUGUGGACAAAGCAGUCUUUGCGUAUCUUGCUAAAGGGACACAAAAAGGCCUCUCAUAAUUCUGACAUUUGUCUGUCAAAUUUAUUAUUAUCCCUUAUGAAUAUUUUAUGUGAUAAAUGUUGAACCAGCUGCUCGGCUGACACCUACCCUCCCACGCAGGUUUCAGUCAUUAAAAAUGACCGUUUAUAAAAAUCAUCAAUCUUGUUUCUGUCAAAAAAACUCCUAACAUGAGCUUAAUUAGUUGCUAGGAUUGUAAACUAUGCGAGUAAAUGGAGAGUUGAUAACAGCAGUAAUACUGGAGGUUUACAAAAACUAGGUGAUUUGGUUCUUCUAGAGUAAAUGUCACUUCCCACAGGACACAACAAACAGCUCUUUGUAUAAACUUUAUACAGGUUGUGUUUCUCUUCCAAAAUAACAAAUUCAAGAUUAUAUAAUCAGCUUUAAAUAAAAUACUUCAAAUCAAACAUACAACCAACCAUCACUCUGAAAGCUUAAUGAUUUACAGAUAACAUAUUUUAAUUUAUUCCUUUUAGAUGACUCAAAAACCGGAAUGUUAAAAUGACAAGUUAUGGUUUGAGGGGAGGUCAUUGACUCUACUUUUUUUCUUAUUUGGAAGAAGUGACUUCCUGGAGUGUUGUCAUCAUUCUGCACUUGACAGUAAAUCAGAGGAGAUUAAAGGAAGUUGUGGCUUUCCCUGCCAAGAAAAGGAUACCACAUAACCUCAUAUGACACCUGUCAUGCAGAGACAGGCUGACUUUUUUUUUACCCUAUUUGCAGUUUUCCUGCUAAGUUAGCCUAACAGCCCCCCUGGCUGUAGGUUCAUGAUUAAUAAGCAGGUAGAGGAGUUAAAGUGACCUAUUCACCAACUUUUCAUACUAACAUCUUUUUCAUUUACAUAAAUUGUUUUAAAAUUGGGAGAAACUGAGUCUUUGUAUUAACCAUAGACUGUAUAAAGAAUGGACAGAGUCUGCCUCCUCGCUUGGUGAAGCCACUCCGUGAACACCCUCUGUUGACAGGCUGCAGUAUAGGUCAUAAAUCCCGCCUCCGCCAGCAAAAAUUUAUUACACAGAACAUAAAUUUUUCUGCCCGCUGCUUGUGAUGUUGACAUGUAGUCACAGUAAGACUGGUUUGUGCCCAAGUCCUCUUUCUUCAGUGAAGCUCGGUUUUUAAAAGUUAUUAGGGGGUUAAUUUUUUCUUUGAUUGACACCUGAUACAGCCUGUUGGCUUUCAGGAAUUGCGUAGCUCACCCGGGGGGUACGCUGUUUAAGCCGAGCGUCAUCUCGGCGACUCUCUCGCUGAAUGCGCAAAACGCUACUGCGCAGCGCUGAUUUCAGGAAAUGAAGAAAAUUCCUGAAAAUACCGAGAGCUUUUUGGCUUCAAAUCCGUAUACAGACGGGAGGCGGAACCAAUUUGUUCAUAGUAUAUACAGUCUAUGGUAUUAACACAAGUAACGAGUUUGGUUUUCCUGCUCUCUGCUUCGAAACGAUUUGAAAUCAAAACUGGUUCGUGUACCAGACAUGUGGCUCUGGGUUCCUUUAUGAAGGAACUUUGUUGUUAACAACAGUAUCUGCAUUGCCUCCAUAGAUGUCAGCGAUGUUUGGCUGUCCUCUAAACUCACACCGUACAAGUCCUACCUUCAAUGGAGCUCCAAGUGUCCGGCCAGUUUCUUUCAGAUCUCUGCCUCCCUCUGCUGGAGGCAGCAUGAACACGUCUGCACACCUGUAUUUAACUUCUCUCUGCCAGAGUCAAAAGAUGGAAACCUGGUUAGUUUUGUUUUUUGUGUUUUUGAAUUUUAAAAUGGAAAAAAAUGAUCUUUUGAAGAUAAUUUUCUUCUCCAUAACAGAGAUACAACAUAUCAGCUGUUGACAAACACCCUCAGAUGUGCGUGCAGGUGAGAAUAAAACACGUGUGUGCAUUGCAAUAUGUCAUAUAAGUAACAGAAUUACAUGAAUGUUUUGUAUUUGCAGCUUUCUGUACAAGGCAGCCACAAUAUCUCUUGUCUUUUCAAGUCUGGUGAGUCGAGCUGCAAAACAAGGAGUCUUAUUUUUUUUGCUUCCAGCUGCAUUAGAUCUGAAUUUACCCGCCUUUUCCCUUCUUGACCCUCUCUGCCCUUGUCAUUUACAGAUGAGUCUUCAUGGGAAGUGUACACUGAGGCAGGAAAGCAGAGUGUGUAUUUGUAUUUCACUUCCACAGCUCAAGUGCAGUUCUCAGCUCAAUUCUGUGUCCUACAUGAAGGGGGAUGUACACCAAUAGGCCAAGUCCAUAAUGCAACCAUGGUGAGUAUAUGUACGGGUUUGUGAGGAGCAAAAAUGAGAGGAAAUGAAGUAAAAAUAUGAACUUGGGGACUGUUUUUUUUCCUUUCUUAAAUCCAGGAAGCAAACUCUACUCAGACAGUGACACAUGUCCCUCUGCUGUACCCUGAUGAGAAGCCUUGUGUGCAGGUAAACUACAUGCUGUGGAAGGUGCAUCUGUAUGUGGUGUGUUGCCUUUUACCCUGUCCUCAUUUUUUGACUUUACUUUUCUGCAGGUGUGGCAGUCUCAUCCUGCUCUUAUCGGUCGACGGAUUCUGUGUCCAUACUGUAAGUUAGACACAAAGUUGUACAUCUGAACAUUAGCUCACAAGUCCAUGCACUUACAUGCACAUCAAUAAAACCGAUUUGUUAUCUGGGUUUUUUUCAGACACGCACAACAGAUGGGGUGUAUGUGCCUUUGCUGCUUUGAUUGUUGUGGUUUUUACUGUGAUGCUGGGAAUUUUCGUACAACGUGUCACCAAAAAAGGAGCCGCAGGUACGCUCAGUCAGGACAUCAAGUACUAGGACAAAGCUCAAUAUAUCUGAAAAAUUAUAUACUAUGUCCUCAAGUAGCUAGAUUUUAACUGAUCGCUGUUAUUGGUGUAGGCAUUAUGAAUAUAUUUUUAUAUCUUCCUGUAUUUUCAGGUUGGCUCUCCAUCCAUAAGCCGGUGUUGCUGGUCUGCUCAUCAGAGCAGGCAGCUCACAUCUCUGCUGUGUGUGCUUUAGCCUCAAUCCUGCAGGGGGAACUGAGUGCCACAGUGCACAUGGCUCUGUGGGCCCAAAACUCUCAAAAGGAAGCUGGGGCUGGAACUGGAGUUGCAGAUCUGGGUCCACUCCCCUGGCUGUAUGGACAGUGGGAAGCUGUACGCAAAGCGCAGGGACAAGUGCUGAUUGUAUGGGGCCCUGAAGCAAAAAAGAGCUAUGAUACGUGGAGGGAGGCGAGGGCAGCUAAAAGACAGGAGGGGCAGGGGCAAGACAGGAGACUCGAUAAACACAAAGAUGAGAGAGACAUUGGAAAGGAAGAUUGUUCUAAACCAUGUGAUGAUAAAGACUGCUACUCCAUGAAGGAGCCGUCUACUGUGAUAGCACCAGUGUUUACUGCUGCUCUGGCCUGCCUGGAAAGGGAGCUGCAAGGGAGCAAGGGUCAGGGCCUCGCUCUUGUCUACUUCCAGGGACUUUGUCAUAGAGGGGACAUCCCAAAGACUUUCAGAGAAGUCCCCCGGUACUGUUUACCCAAGGAUUUCAGGGGCUUUAUACAGGAGCUGGGAGGGAUGAGCAGACAGAUGAAGAAAGACAUGUGGCACUGCUGGCCCAGACUCCUCUCUAAAAUACUGUCGAUAUGGCAAGCACAGAGACUUGCUCAGAGGCUACGGACAGUGCUGCUCCAGACACAAGGAAAAAAAACGCAAGAGCAGAGUGCCAGAUCGUCACAAAAAAUGAAGUCAAACAAGACGCGCGGUCGGCUCAAGUUACCUGUGGAAGCUGACAUUGCAUCGUCUGGGACUGUACAAGAGCACGAGCCGCUCCACGUGUCGCCAUGGAGAGCAGAGGUGCUUUAAUCUCAAGUUUCUGACGGGUACAGACUUUUGUUUUGCUGGACACCUGAUACAUUAUGAGACACAGCAGCUAGUGUUACACUGAGAGCACUUCAAGGCCAGCCGCUCUGAAACAACUAAUCAUCACUUGGUUGCAUAAUGUCAAAAAAUGCAACCACUUGUUUUGCAUAUUAAGAAGAGAAAUUAUGCAUCUUAUGUGUUUUUAUCUUUCGUAUCACUUUCUUUAUCAAAGCCUCAUCAACACCUGUCUUAUCUCCGACAAAUAUGCCACUGCUAUGCAAAUUUGAUCUCCGUUUCUCCAUGAGUGUAUUCAGUGUUUGGAAGUGUUGAGAGCACAGGUGGCAAAUUGUUUGACUGCUGUUUACUGCUAAAUAAUUUGCAUAGGACUUUUUUAACAGAGGCGUUGUGGCAAAGCUGUGCGAGGAUCCCUAGAGUUAAAGCAUUCAGGUGAAAAGAGGAAAUGACUCGAACUGGAGGGGGCUUGACUGUUCGACGGUUGAUCCUUGUGGUUGUGCAUCCAGGUGCUUUACAUAAUUAUCCCUCUACACUCGAACAAGCGACUCUUUUGAUUGCAGAAUGUGUUUGUUUGCAGCCCCAGUAUUAAAUAUUUGCUCAUGUACUACCUCGUAAAAGCAAAAACCAGAGUAGCUUUCUUUUUGUAAACAGUAUCAUGUGAACAGUACUUUUUUACUCAGCAGACAUUUGGUUGCAGCUUAGAGAAAAUAUUUGUUUUAUGUUCGCAAAUCUUCAUUAAUAUGUUCAUACUGUUUCAGCGAUCAAAUAAACAUUUAUUUUAGUGUUAUAAAAAA